AUGACGGCUAUCUGGACGGCCAUCCAGACGAGUGUCAGCCAGAACCACCGUUAUAUCUUGAACCUGGAUAUCUCGGAGAGGCAGAGGAUGAUCAAACUGCGAGAUAAGCUUAAACCGGAUGACCUAUCCCACAUGGUAAAGCUUAGGGACCGAUUCGCGAAGCUAGGCGAGAAGAAGCGCAAUCAGAGCAUGGAGGAAUGGCUCAGCGAAUGGGAAAACGUAAUUCAUGAGUGUGAGGAUGCUGAACUGGUCGGAUAUUCUGGGUACCAGGCUAGCCUCAAGUUUAUCAACGCGAUUGACUCGCUUCUACCAGUCUACGCGAAGUUUAGGCAUGCGAGUCUCAAGCUCAAUAGCGCAAGCAUCUUGGAAGAGAUAAGCGCCUUCCGACAACGAUGGGAGUCUGCAUCAGACGAAGAGAAGCAAUCCAGCUUUCCAACCUUUCAAGGUCAAUCCGACCAAUCAAAUUGUUCAAAUCAGCGCAAGUGCAUCUGCGGCAAAUUCCAUCCCUUCAUUGACUGCCCAUAUAUCAUACCGAGUAAGCGUCCAGCCGGUUGGAAGGCAGAUCCAAAAAUGGAGGCAAAGUUCGAGAAGGUUAAGAAGACGAGAGAAAACGUGAAGGCGGCUAUCGAAAGAGCCGUUGAGCGAGCCAAUCAGGAGGCUAGAGCAAAUCUGACAUUCCUCUGA